AAAUAAAUAUAAUUUUACAAUGCGUUUACAUCUUGUAGAAUGGUUGAUGUUACUUAACCAGUCUAGUCUCCUAAAUAUGUAAGUUCAAUUAUAUAAUUCUAUAAAUUAAUAUAUUUUUCCGUAUUAUUAAUAUAUACAGAAAUAUAUAAUUAAUAUAUACGUAAUGUGACCACAUCAUAAAAAAAGUAGUCAUAGUUUAUAUUGUACAAUCAACAUUUAAUCGUUAAAUUUGUAUAAUCGUAAAAAAAAUUGUAAAUUAUUAAAUAAAUUCGAUGAAAACGAAAUAAUAUUAAACUUUACUUAUUAUCUAAUAUUGUUUUUAUUUAUUUUACAUCUUAUUGAUCUUAUAAACAAAAGACUGUAGCUUGAUGAACAUUGCAGUUUAUACAAUUUAUUUAAAUAUAUUAAUAUAUUACGUUUACGCGUAGUAAUGAUUAUUUGAGAGAUUUCAUAUAAAUUUCAAGUAUGUUCCAAUUAAACUAUCUCAUUAUAAUCAGUAUAUCAGAAUAGUAUUAUAUCUACAACAAUUUCGCAGUAUCUUACAAAUAUCAUUCUUUGAUAAUUAUACUACAUUCUAAAUAAGGUUUAUUCUCUUUUAGAAUAUACCACAUGGAAGCAUAUAAAUCUUUUUUACUAGAUUUUUUGGCAGGUGGUAUAUCUGCAGCAAUUGCAAAAACUGCAGUAGCACCUAUAGAACGUGUGAAAUUAAUACUUCAAGUGCAACAUACAUCAAAACAAAUAGCAGCUGAUAAAAGAUAUAAAGGAAUACUAGAUGUGUUUAUACGUGUACCACAAGAAACUGGUAUUCUUAGUUUGUGGAGAGGUAAUCUAGCAAACGUUAUACGAUAUUUUCCAACUCAAGCUUUAAAUUUUGCCUUUAAAGACAAAUAUAAAACUAUAUUUCUCGGAGGUGUUCCAAAAGAAAAAUUUUGGAGAAAUUUUGUAGGAAAUUUAGCUUCUGGUGGUGCUGCUGGUGCAACAUCAUUGUUAUUUGUAUAUCCACUUGAUUUUGCUCGUACUAGAUUAGCUGCAGAUGUUGGAAAAGGUGCUCAAAGAGAAUUUUCUGGAAUGAAAGAUUGUAUAUUAAAAAUUUUUAAGUCGGAUGGCUUGUUUGGUUUAUAUCGAGGAUUCAGUGUGAGUGUCCAAGGAAUUAUAAUGUAUCGUGCAGCAUAUUUUGGAUUUUAUGAUACAGCUCAAGCUUUUUUUAAAGAUCCAAAAGCUACGCCAAUAUAUGUCAACUUCAUAAUUGCUGAAACUGUAACAGCACUAUCAGGACUUUUAUCAUAUCCUUUAGAUACGGUCAGAAGAAGAAUGAUGAUGCAAUCAGGACUCAAAAAAGAAGAAGUAAUGUACAAGAAUACUUUAGAUUGUUGGAAGAAAAUAUUAAUUAAUGAAGGACCAACAGCUUUUUUCAAGGGAGCAUUUUCAAAUAUUCUUCGAGGAACAGGUGCUGCUCUUGUUUUAACAAUGUAUGCUCCUAUUAAAAAUAAAAUUUCAAAUAUAAUAUUUAAAGAUUCAACAUAGCAAUUUAUUUUGUAUACUUAUAAAUUCAAUAAAAAUAUUAUGUGUUA